CCAGAGCAUGUUAACGGGCUUGAUGUAUUACUGCCCUGAGGACCCCAUCGACUACCUGGAGCGCUGCUUGCAGAAGGUUCGGGAGCUGGGUGGUCCUGAGAAGGUGCAAUGGGACACUUUCAUUGGCCAGGAGCGGCGGACCCUACCCCCCAUCAAUGGCGGGCAAGGGAAGAAACCCAUUUUCUGGACAGACCCUCUUGCAGGGCCAUACCGCCGGUAUGGGUGCCUGCCACCCAUCCAGAGCCAGUUCUCCAUCGAGAGUGACUCGGACAUGACAGAGUCCACUGGACUGAUCCAGGAGUAUGACAUCUUCGACCCCAGUAGACCACGCCCCAAAAUCAUCUUUGUGAUUGGGGGCCCUGGCAGCGGGAAGGGCACUCAGAGCACCAAGAUGGCCUCCCACUUCGGCUUCGUCUGCAUCUCGGUCGGUGAGAUCCUGCGCAACCAGCUGAUCCACCACGCCACCAGCGACAGGAAGUGGGAGCUGAUCGCCAAGAUCAUCGCCAACGGGGAACUGGCCCCGCCCGAAACUACCAUCGAGGAGCUGAAGCAGCAGUUCAUUAAGCAGCAAGACGCCAACGGCUUCGUGGUGGACGGGUUCCCGCGGGAGAUAGGACAGGCCUUCACCUUCGAGGAGCAGAUAGGCUCCCCAGACCUGGUGGUUUUCUUGGCCUGCUCCAACCAACGUCUCCGGCAGCGUCUGGAGAAACGGGCGCAGGAGCAGGGCCGGCCGGACGAUAACGCCCAUGCCAUUGACCGGAGGGUGGAGACCUUCAAGCAGAACAUCCCACUGAUUGUGAAAUAUUACCAGGACAAGAGCGUCAUCGUCCGGUUUGACGCAGACAGAGAGGAGGACGACGUAUUUGGUGACAUCAGCUCUAUGGUUCAGGAGCGGCUCUUCCCACAUGGCAUCGAUGCAGCAGGGUCCCCGCAGUUGGCUCUGUUAGACUCGCCUUAUGGUGCAGACAGAGAACAGCCUCAGGAGGAAGAUGAGGAAGGGCAGACUGAAGAGCUUCUCUGCCCAGAUUUCCUCAGGAUGGCAACAGAAAAACUGAAGGACAGCAAAAUCAUCUUCGUGGUGGGCGGGCCCGGCUCAGGAAAAGGGACCCAAUGCGAGAAGAUUGUCCAGAAGUAUGGCUACACCCACCUGUCCACCGGUGACCUCCUGAGGGCAGAGGUCAACUCUGGCUCGGAGAGGGGCAAGAAGCUCUCUGCCAUCAUGGAGAAGGGAGAGCUGGUGCCCCUGGACACGGUGCUUGAUAUGCUGCGAGAUGCCAUGGUGGCCAAGGCAGAUGUCUCCAAGGGGUUCCUGAUUGAUGGCUACCCCCGAGAGGUGAAACAAGGCGAGGCGUUUGAGAAGAAGAUCGCCCCCCCAACGCUGCUGCUCUACGUGGAUGCCGGGAAGGACACCAUGGUCAAGCGUUUGUUGAAACGGGGUGAGACCAGCGGGCGGGUGGAUGACAAUGAGGAGACGAUCAAGAAGCGCCUGGACACUUACUACAAGGCCACUGAGCCGGUCAUCACGUUCUACGAGAAAAGAGGGAUCGUCCGGAAGCUGAACGCAGAAGGCUCCGUGGACGACGUGUUCGUACAGGUCUGCACUCAUCUGGAUGCCCUGAAGUAAAGCACGAAAGGGACCCCCCGCCUCUAACCCCUUCCCACCCAGAGAGAACAUCACCCCCCUCCCCCCCCCCC